AUGACCUACAUCUCAAAUGAUCCCAGUUGGUGGCCGUCAAUGAAUUCCGCUAUGUUUAUCAACUAUUGGCAAAUUGCCUCCGGCGUCGUGGUGGUAUACGAUUGGGUCUUAACACUCGGACAAGAGAUUGAACUCAUCUGGAGACAAGGCUAUUCUCUCAUGACUGUGCUGUAUCUGAUUGUUCAUACGCUAUAUUGGAAUACUGAAUUCUGUUGUCUAUCUUUUGCAAAGCAUGUCAUCGGUAUUGCUGACAGAUACAGCAACGUCACGUACUACGCAAUAAAUGGGACAAAUGUGGCUUCGACUGCCGUGUUGGGCGUGAUCAUGAUUGCUCGGUUGCAUGCCAUGUAUCAGGGAUCUAGGACGAUGCUUAUGUUCCUUGUUAUUAUCUUCCUGGCUGUAAACAUUGCCUGCGGAGUAAUCAUGGCAAUAGCACUCAACGAUACUGUAGGAGAGGAGUUUAUAUUAUCUGGCAUACAUAUGUGCGGUUAUGCAUAUGGAGGGAGCGUGGAGCUUCUGCUUUCAAUGGUUUGGACGCUCAACACUGUUUGGGAGGUCCUCGCACUGUGUCUUUCAGUCUGGAUUGCUGUGAAACAUUUCCGUGAGCUGCGAAGACUCAGCUUAUCGACAGGAUCGACCAUCAAGGACUGUUUCAGAGUUCUGAUACAAUCUCAUGUUCUUUAUUUUGCAAGCUUUGUUGGUGUCUCUUCCCUCCAGCUUGCUGAACGUUCUCCGGCAAUCGCGAAUUCGAGUUCUAUCGGAGUUUCGAUACUCGGUGGUACUCUUCGAGUUUUAUCGGUCGUGCAAAUGUUUGUGCUAGGACCGCGCCUCAUCCUUGGCGUUCGAGAAUUCAAUGCAAAACUCGUGGCAUCCUCUGAUGCAGGAACUACCAUGGAUCUGAUUGUUUUCCAGGAGCAUGUACAUGUAUCAACUAGCAGUACUGUGUAG